AUGCGACAGUUCUUGCAGAUCCUCGCCACCGGGCUCCCCUUGGUGCUUGCGGCGACUCCAUGCAGUGGCGAUGACUGUGCAGCCGACGCGGAUGUGGAGACACUGAUCCAGACGCAGGUCCACAACGAUGCUGCUGAGGGUGGGAGCUCGGCCACUGAGAAGCAAGCUGCAAGCCAGGCACACUCUAAGAUGAUUACUGUCCAACGGGAUGCCGCUGUCCUGAAUCAUACCAGACGAGGGAACUGUGACGGGAUCAUCGAAGGAAUGGGUCGUGGGAUCAACAUUGGAAACGUUUAUGAGUUCGAUCAGGGCGAUACGAAUCCGGAAGUCGUCAAUCAGCAGGUCAAAUGGGCCCACGACACGGGAUUCAAACACAUCCGCCUGCCCGUGAAAUGGGAUGGUUAUUUCGAUGCCAACUCCGAUCACACGAAGCGGGUCACCACGGUUGUGGACUACGCCCUGAGCCUGGGUCUUUAUGUGGUCAUUAACUCCCAUCACGAGGAUUGGCUGACUUAUCACUAUGAUGCGGCUAGGCAGGACCUCAAGGACAAAUGGUGGAACAUGUGGACUGGCAUCGCGGGUCAUUUCGCGAACAGGUCCACCAAACUGGUCUUUGAGAUCCUCAAUGAGCCUCACAUUAACUUUGGAGGCUGGAACGAGCCUAUACAUCCAUCUGAAGGGUACGCGAUCGACCGCACCCGCGAGAUCAAUGGUAUGGGAGUCGACGCUGUGCGCCGUGUGCCCGGCCACGAGAACCGAAUGAUCUUCGUGCACCCGAAUGCCAUGUCGAGCAUAGGCACUGCCAGGCAAGUGUACCCCGAUAAGCGGUCUCUUCCCGGAGGUGGAAACGAUGCCUGUGUGGGCAUCACCGUGCACACGUAUGAUCCCUACGACUUCUGCAGCGAAAACGGCAAUCCUCACUACUACGGAUCGAUCGGGGCCAUGAAAAAAGGUCUGCUCAACAUCUUCAGAGACUUUCGCGAUUAUAUCUUCGACACGGGCAUCCCAGUAUAUGUUGGAGAGUACGGCGUGGGCCGGCAGCCCGAGCGUCAGGGAGAGAGGGACAACGAUCUCGUCCGCGAGUACUACAGGUUUGUCACGGGCCACUUCCGAGAGGCCGGCUUCGCCACUGCCGCCUGGAACGAUCCUGGGUGGUUCGCCAUCUACACGAAGCAGGAGUACCAUCUGCACACGGCCUGCGUGUCACCCUAUGUGUAG